AACAGCUCCUGCUUCUGGUUUCCUCCCUUUAUGGCACCAUGUUUUUUUUUUCCAGGUUCAUUCUGGACAGCUCUGAUUUUGCAUGAGCUGUGACUGAUGAGAAUUAAAGGCCAUGGAUGAAGAUGGACUUGAAUUACAACCACAAGAACCAAACUCAUUUUUUGAUACAGGCGCUGAUGCUACACACAUGGAUGGUGAUCAGAUUGUUGUGGAAGUUCAAGAAACUGUUUUUGUUUCAGAUGUUGUGGAUUCAGAUAUAACUGUGCAUAAUUUUGUUCCUGAUGACCCAGACUCAGUUGUCAUCCAAGAUGUUAUUGAGGACGUUGUUAUAGAAGAUGUUCAGUGCCCAGAUAUCAUGGAAGAAGCAGAUGUGUCUGAAACAGUCAUCAUUCCUGAGCAAGUGCUAGAUUCAGAUGUAACCGAAGAAGUUUCUUUAGCACAUUGCACGGUUCCAGAUGAUGUCUUAGCUUCCGACAUUACUUCAGCCUCAAUAUCUAUGCCAGAACACGUCUUGACAAGUGAAUCUAUACAUGUGUCUGAUGUUGGACAUGUUGAACAUGUGGUUCAUGAUAGUGUAGUAGAAGCAGAAAUUGUCACUGAUCCUCUAACAACCGACGUAGUUUCCGAAGAGGUACUAGUAGCAGAUUGUGCCUCUGAAGCAGUCAUAGAUGCCAAUGGGAUCCCUGUGGACCAGCAAGAUGACGACAAAAGCAACUGUGAGGACUACCUUAUGAUUUCCUUGGAUGAUGCUGGGAAAAUCGAGCAUGAUGGUUCCUCUGGAAUGACCAUGGACACAGAGUCAGAAAUCGAUCCUUGUAAAGUGGAUGGCACUUGCCCUGAAGUCAUCAAGGUGUACAUUUUUAAAGCUGACCCUGGAGAAGAUGACUUAGGCGGCACAGUAGACAUUGUGGAGAGUGAGCCUGAGAAUGACCACGGAGUUGAGUUACUUGACCAGAACAGCAGUAUUCGUGUGCCAAGGGAAAAGAUGGUUUAUAUGACUGUCAACGACUCUCAACAAGAAGAUGAAGAUUUAAAUGUUGCCGAAAUUGCCGAUGAAGUUUAUAUGGAAGUGAUUGUAGGGGAGGAGGACGCAGCAGCGGCAGCGGCUGCCGCUGCUGCACAUGAACAGCAGAUGGAUGACAGUGAGAUCAAGACCUUCAUGCCGAUAGCGUGGGCGGCCGCUUACGGUAAUAAUUCUGAUGGAAUUGAAAACCGGAAUGGCACUGCAAGUGCCCUCUUGCACAUAGAUGAGUCUGCUGGGCUCGGCAGACUGGCUAAACAAAAACCAAAGAAAAGGAGAAGACCUGAUUCCAGGCAGUACCAAACAGCAAUAAUCAUUGGCCCUGACGGACAUCCCUUGACUGUCUAUCCAUGCAUGAUUUGUGGAAAAAAGUUUAAGUCAAGAGGUUUUUUGAAAAGGCACAUGAAAAACCAUCCUGAACACCUUACCAAGAAGAAGUACCGCUGUACUGACUGUGAUUACACUACCAAUAAGAAGAUAAGUUUACACAACCACUUGGAGAGCCACAAGCUAACCAGCAAGACAGAGAAGGCCAUCGAAUGUGAUGAGUGUGGGAAGCAUUUCUCUCAUGCUGGGGCUUUGUUUACUCACAAAAUGGUGCAUAAGGAAAAAGGAGCCAACAAAAUGCACAAGUGUAAAUUCUGUGAAUAUGAGACAGCUGAACAAGGCUUAUUGAAUCGCCACCUGUUGGCAGUCCACAGCAAAAACUUUCCUCAUAUUUGCGUGGAGUGCGGGAAAGGUUUUCGUCACCCCUCGGAGCUCAAAAAACACAUGCGAAUCCAUACUGGGGAGAAACCGUACCAGUGCCAGUACUGCGAGUAUAGGUCUGCAGACUCUUCUAACUUGAAAACUCAUGUAAAAACUAAGCAUAGUAAAGAGAUGCCGUUCAAGUGUGACAUUUGUCUUCUGACUUUCUCAGAUACCAAAGAGGUGCAGCAACAUGCUCUUAUCCACCAAGAAAGCAAAACACACCAGUGUUUGCACUGCGACCACAAGAGUUCGAACUCGAGUGAUCUGAAACGACACAUAAUUUCAGUUCACACGAAGGACUACCCCCAUAAGUGUGACAUGUGUGAUAAAGGUUUUCACAGGCCUUCAGAACUCAAGAAACACGUGGCUGCCCACAAGGGUAAAAAAAUGCACCAGUGUAGACAUUGUGACUUUAAAAUUGCAGAUCCGUUUGUUCUAAGUCGCCAUAUUCUCUCAGUUCACACAAAGGAUCUGCCAUUUAGGUGUAAGAGGUGUAGAAAGGGAUUUAGGCAACAGAAUGAGCUUAAAAAGCAUAUGAAGACUCACAGUGGCAGGAAAGUGUAUCAGUGUGAGUACUGUGAGUACAGCACUACAGACGCCUCAGGCUUUAAACGACACGUUAUUUCCAUCCAUACAAAAGACUAUCCACACCGAUGUGAGUACUGCAAGAAAGGGUUCCGGAGACCUUCGGAAAAGAACCAGCACAUAAUGCGACAUCAUAAAGAAGUUGGCCUGCCCUAACAAGACUGCUGCAGACAUUUGUAGAGAUAUUGGCCUUGAAGCAGAAAAUUAUUUGAAAGCCAAUUGGUCUCGUUCACAUACAAUACUGUAUAUUGAUUUAUGCUGUGUACAAAUAGAGUUACUGCUUCUAGUUGACUUUUUUUUUACAUUUUGUUCAGUAGUGUGUUCUGAAUUCUAUUCAGUUUGUUUAAUAAAUGGGGAAAAGCAGCAACAAGCAGGUUGCUUUUAAAGAUAAUCCCUGAUUCUAUACUGAAUUUUUCUAUCUUAGAAGUUUUAUAUUUAUUUAAUUAUUUACCUUGCUUACCUUCAUGGUACUCUUCUAAGACCAUUUAACUUAAAGUUAAGGUAACUUUAGAUUGGUAACUCUGAAAGUAUUCAUUGGGACUCUUUUUUUUUUUGUCCUAUAAAUUUCUCACAAUAAAAUUGUCAGAGACAUCUACUAAUAUAAAUGGGAGAUUUUAUAGUCAGGUCUAAUUAUCCUAAUUUGGAAUUCAUUUACUUGUCUUAAUAUUUUCAGACCACAUGACAACAAAAGUCUCCAUUAGAUCUUUUGUGUCCCUGGCAUUGCUGAGUAAAAAACAAUGUCUGGGUUCCUGUUUCCUUUUCAUUUUGUUUAACAGACAAAAUAUACUCUUAUUUUUGGCUUUCUUUGGAGUAUUUACAUCUUUUGUCAGCAUUAGCAAAGUUUGAAAAUUUUUGCUUGAUCCUAUUGUAAUUUGAUUAUUCUGUCUGUGCUGCUUUGUCCUGGAAUUGUUGUGUGCUACACAUGAGACUUAUUGAGGACUGCAUUUUGGAAUCUCCUAGAGGUAAUUCGUGGCGCAUAGGAUCUUUUGCAACUUUAUAUAUGUAAAUGUACCCUGAAUUAUCUAUAUGCACAUAUAUAUAACGCUUAUCUGUGUGUAUUGCUUAUUUUACAUAUUUAUACACACAACCCCAAGUAGUAGUUGUUAAAAUCUAUAAUGAAAAGUAUUAAAUUUACGAUAACAUGAAAGAUGCAGGGAUGCAUGAGAGAGCAUUUGUGAAUCAUGCUCUUUAGAGAGACUACUCAGGUGAAGAAUUAGAAGGAAAAUAAGGACACUAGUAUUUUUAAAGAGUAAAGGUAUUUUCUUUUAAAUAUCUUUGGUAAUUGAAAAAUAGAAGUUAAGAUGUUUCUAGAUAGAACAUUUUCAUACAACUUCAACUCCAUGCCUUUAUAUUUUUCUGAGAAGCUAAUGGAUUUCCAGACAAAACUCCCUCAGUUCUCUCUGAGCAGCCUAGGAGGGAACUCCUGUCAUCAAGUGAGGGGUCUGAGGAAGUAACAGCCCCACUUACCAGAGAUUGGGUGCUAAUUAUGUCUUAGAGUUGGCAAGGUCAGCCAGUUCAGUUAUUUCUUAGUUACAAUUAGCAAACUUUAAAAAGUUCAGUGUUCAAGUUGGUUUUGAUUAGAAGAUAAAGGUGUGUUUUAAAUACAUGAGGAAAAUCUGAGGCCUUAUUCGGAAUAUCACCAAGUCUUUCAGUUGCGUUUUUCUUUUAGAGUUGACAUUUUUUAACAAAUAGCUUUCAGUCAGUCAUAAAUUCAUGAAGUGAACUCGGUUAAUUAGAAUUUGAUUAUGGUAAGGUGAAUCUUGGAGACAAGUUUUUGGGGUCCCUUAAAUCGGCUAUAGGCACACGAGUAUCUGGCACGUGUGGGAAAUGCGGAAUUUUCUUCCACUUGAUAGCGCCUUGCCAUUCACUAUGGUGCUCCAUCCCUUUUGUGCUAUUAGGUUUUUACCUUUUACCUUUCUCUUUGCCAGCGAUUCUUGUAUUCAAGAACUAUGUUUGUAGGGUUUAGAAAUCUAAAUAUUUGGUGUUUGGCAAACCUCUCAAGUGCUAGAUUGAUUUAGUCUAGUUCUAAAUCAAGUGCUUUAAGCUGGUAUGAAUGCCAACCUGAAUGCCAGUUCAAGCCAAGUCAUGGGCUUUUGUCCUCUUGGCCCCCGUAACUUUUUUCUUUCUUUUUUUAAGUGACUUAUAAUUGUGUGAUUCAUUGCCCCGCACUUCUAUUCUUGAAAGCUCUGUCUGUUUUUUUGUGAGAACCUUUAAAAUCUUCCUUAAUUUUUACUUUUCCCAAAAGUAAUGUAAAACACUUAAGCAGAAAUGGACAUUAACUUUUAUAUGUCCUACAAAAUUAAUACAGAAAUAUAAUUGGUCGUUUAUAUUUUUUUAAAUAAACUGAAAGAUAAAGAACACAACACUUUACACACUUUAUAUUUCUCUUACAUAGUCUGGAAUCAUACACAAUUCUUUUCUUUUUUUAAAGCACAAUAUUGAAACCUUUAAAAGGUAUUUAAGGGUUUGGUCAAGUGAAUAUGAUAAAUUGUAUUUGUCUGUAUAAAAAGAAAAUGAAAUUGUAGUCACUGUUAUGUACUGACAUUAGUUACAACCUAGUUUUAAUUCUUAAAACAAUUUUGAUUAGCAAAGCUAAAAAAAAUGGAUGUUUCAGUUAAAUGUUUUAAAGAGGUACAGAUUUUUACAAGGACAUAUCUAAGUUAUUGUUCUGUAGAAAUAUCCUAUUAAAUAUUGUAUGUCCCGCCCUCUGUACACUUUGUAAAAAACUUAAAAUACAUAAAAAGAAAAUCAUAUAGGGAUGUGUGACAUUAUUGUAAUUGUGUACUUGAGAAUAACGUGCAAAAAUAAAAAUCAGAAUAUUUUCCUGUUAAUGUUUAGUCUAUUUGAUACCAGUACUAAGUUAAUGCUUUUUCUUAAGAAAAAAAAUGUACAGUUUUUGUAAAACCUAAUAAACAUCAAAAGCAGUGGAUUAUUUUCAUUUCCCCAUUUCUUAAUUACUUUUAUGCAGUAGUGGAAUGCAAAAAUACUUGAUCGCUUUAAAUUUUGUGAGUUGGAUGCAAAUACUGAUAUUUCAGCCCUGCGAAUUUGCAAGUAAUAUUUCAGAAAAGAGGUGAUUGGUGAAACCUUUGAUGAGCAGCAUGUCCUGGAAAUGCAUUUUUUUUUCUCUUCAUAAAAAAAUGGAUUUGUUUUAUUAGCACCUCCAGUCCCCUUGAGAUACCUCUCCUAGGCAUAAUGUGGUUUUUGAGAGCACCUAAUGUGCAUUUUCACUUCAGCCCCACAGCAGUUAGCAGAGAUUACUGCCGGCUGCAGGAGCCCUGCUCUCUCUCAUGUUACCCCUAGUGCCUGGUUGGGAGGAAUCUUGUAGUCACUAGAUAGUGAAGGUAGGUCGUUGUCAUAAAAAAUCAGUAUUUAUUAAAAGUUUUCAGGAGUCAAAAAGGACAAGCUACAUUGAGCCAAGUUGGUUUUUAAAGAUGAGAUCCUAGCUUUCCAGUUAUGUAGGAAGUGCUUGCCAUAACAAUUGUACCUAAUCCAAACUUGAAGUAAAUGGUCAGGAGAACAUGGUGAGCGUCACUGUCCAGAGCCAGACAAAACCAUCACAUGCUGGAAAACAGCUGUAAUAGGACUGCUGACAGAUAACAUCUAACCAUUCUCUGAUCCCAGUCAGAUAAUAGGCUUUUCUGUUCUCUUGCAAUCUCAGUAUUAACAGUUGUCUUUAAUUUCCACAAAAUGUAAGCCUCGUGUAAGGAAAGCCUGACCAUUCCAAAAUCUUAGAGGGGUGGUACUUCAAAGCAGUGGGUUUCAAAAUGUAGCCUAGCAGCAAGGGGUAACGUCAUAGUCCCCUGGGACUUUAAGAUGCAAAUUCUCAGCCCCACCCCCAACCCACUGAAUUGGGAAACUGGGUGUGAGAUCCAGUCAUCUGUGUCUUAACAUGUCGAUCAAGUGAUUCUGACGCAAGUUCAAGUUUGGGGAACAGUUUUAGAGCACUUGAGGAACAUACAAGAUUGCUUUUGUGCAAAGUUGUGCAACAGCUUGGAAGAUAGACAAAAUCACACACAAAUAGGCAGUGAAAGUGAAAUGGAACUUUCAUACCUUCCGUUAACCCCUUUAAAAAGUGAACUUGCCUGUGGAUAAGAACAUCCUUUAGUGUAGAGAUAAGGAGUGCGUACUUCAUAAAUCUUGUUUGACCUCCCCUAAGUGACCCUCCUCAAAGGUAAAUAGAAUUCAGAGGAAGAUUCAACAAGUAAAAGAGAAGGGCAAGGAGAGUGUGUGUUUAAUUGGCUCAGUGUUAUUCAUAUCUGGGGGAAAAAGCGUUUUGCCACAUUCUUCAGCUGUUUAGACAAGGUUAAAAUUAAGUUUGCCCUUGAGGAUUUUGUUUUCAACUUUUUUUGUAUAUAUUGUUUGCCUUUUUCAUAAAAUCUUGGAUGUGUUAUAUG